GUGCUGAAGAAUUUAGGGAAAUAACUCCAAUAAGCCUAAUAAGCCAAUAAGGCCUGGCUAUUCGACCCGUACCUGAUUAUACCCCCCUGACCGAACCGCUUCACAUUUUGGUACGUACCACAGAUCAUCUCAUCCAAAACUGGGCUAAACAACUCCCGACCACGACCGCAAACAUCAUCGUCGACAAAACUAACCACAGCCAAUCUUCAAAUCGUCAAUACGGCUUCUUCGUCUCGCAGUGUUGAUAUUCGUUCUUACAGUACUUUUUGCAGUACUUUUAUAGCACAUAUUUGCUUCUUCUUUAUACAUUCGCUUCUUGUCAUUCGUCCCUUCUUCAGAGCCGUUGCCCCACAUUCAAGGGUCGUCGCAUGGUCUCUGUCUAAUUUCCCAAGAGCUUCUCUCACCGACUUACGGAGUUCGACACACAUCGAACCCACAAACAAAAUACACGAAACAGCCCACGAUAUCCAACGCACCCGCGAGAGUCGGGCAACCGCCAACAUUGCAUCCUCAGUAGCUCCUCCAUUCUCCGCGACGAACCAUACCUCGACUACUGAAUAUGCUAUGAACCAGACCACCCCCGAUGAGGAGAGCCACGAGAGCAGUGUUGGCAUGCCGGGCUCACCUCCCGACCUUUCGCUCAGUAGCUCAAAGUCGUCCUUCCAUUCUUCCUACCAAUCCGACGACAACGGCAUCCUGGCAGAUGUAGGACACUUUGAGGACAUUGGGCUGGAUGAUGCGCAGUUGGAACAAGAGACCGACGACUUCGUCGAUGAGCUACCGUCACAUUCCUCGGAUCGAUCCAUGAAAGGGAGAUCGAGAUCGCUGGCAUCCAUACAGAGAAACCUGACGUCCAAGGGGAGGCCGGCUGUGCCGGGUCUAGGCCCCCAUGGGCGGAAACUGGCUGGCGAAGGGCUCGGGCUGGGACUGGCGCCCGGUAGCGCAGCUCCUAGCCGCACCUUCUCAACCCAGUCCAUGACCAGCCUUAGGGCGAUGAACGGGCGAAAUCGAAGCCCCAGCCCACUUACACAACCUGGACCAUUUCCGAGGUCACCGCGGUCACCGCGGUCACCACGAAUGAGCUGGCAGUCGAAUCGAGAGCGCAAGUCAGCACAGGAAUUGGAAAAGGAAUGCGACGAUGAAGAUGAUGAUAUCCCGGAUGAAUGCUUCCUCCAAAACGUCCCCAUGUCCCCGCGCCCACCUGGCGAACGAUCGGUGGACGUACCGCCAACAGCCCUCGUCCUGAAAGAGAAGAUUAAGCCCGCUGGCAAUGGCACUCCGGCAACCCCAGGCGCACAAGGGAGCCUGAAGCAGGACGAAAGUUUCCAUAAACCGACAAGUCCAUCAUUCUAUACGAAACCUAGACGGGCGAAGAGCUGGACGGUAGCGCUAUCGGAGCUGAACGCAGAAGCCAAAUCUCUGACGGAAGCCCUUGAAGCACAUGCAGAUGAGCAAUUGGAGUCCAACCAACCAAAGCGCCCACCCUUCCUCUCAGAUAUCAAGCGAUCCAAAUCCGUAAUGUCGGAGCUCCCUCUGAGACAGAACGACGUAAUGAUCGACCCGCUUCCUAUCUCAAAAGAGAAGAUGGCCGUACUGUCCCGGACGAGGCCGAGCUGGCUCCCGCCUAAGGAUCCUCUGGAGGAAAAACGACAUCUGAAAGAGUACCAAAAAAUGAUGGCGGCGUCCAUGGAGACUGAGAAGAAACGAGAGGCUUCAAAUUCAAGCGAUACAUCUCGAGAUGAUACGGCUAGCUCAUUGCUGAGGAUAUGGGAAGACCACGUCCUGCCAAAUUGGGAGGCGGCAACCUCCUUGAAGCGAACGAGGGAAUUGUGGUGGAGAGGCAUCGCCCCUAGAUCUAGAGGUGCUGUAUGGGACAGGGCCAUUGGCAACGAGCUUGGUGUAUCGGAGUCUUCGUAUAAUGCAGCGUUACGACGUGCUAAGAAUCUCAAGAAGAAGCUAGCAAAAGGCAAUGCCACCGCCGAUGAUCUUGUCCAAGGGAAAUGGUUCGAGAGCAUUAACAGGGAUGUGACGACAACCUACCCCGAACUCCGCAUCUUCCGUCCUGGUGGACCGCUCUCGGAGUCGCUGGUUGACGUUCUGAUGGCAUAUGUGAUGUACAGGAGUGACGUUGGAUACGUUGACGGCCUAAGUACUGCUACAGCACUCUUGUUGCUUAAUUUCCCAACACCGGCUGCCGCAUUCUGCACCUUGGCCAACCUCCUUAACCGCCCGCUUCCUCUCAGUUUCCAUACCCAUGAUCACGGCGCGAUGUCCCGCAUCCACUCUCUUGUCCUGGAGACAUUAUCCGCCAAAUUCCCGCGCCUUUAUAAGCACCUCUGCUUAAGUAUCCAGAUCGAUCAACAACCGGGGCCAUGCGUAAACUCCAUUUUCUCGUCUCUCUUCACGAAGCAGCUCAAUCUUGAUGUAAUCACGCGACUCUGGGAUAUAUGGGUGUUUGAAGGCGAUGCUGUCUUGGUUAGAGCUAUGGUGGCGCUGAUUGGAAGCCUGGAGACUAAGUUCUACGGUGUCACCUCCGCACGAGAGGUCUUGGCCAUCCUAAACGAUAGCACCGUGGAAGGAGAAGAAGAGUGGGUAAUGGCAUUGAGGGAUGCUGGACGAUAGGGCUUAGAUGAACUGAGGCUAGUCUGAUAAGUGUAGUUUAGUGUUUAAUCGCUGGUACUGUAUAAAUGUAAUUACGACAUUCAGAUGGCUGGUCAAAUGGCCACCACG